AUGACCUCUGCCUUCCUCACAGUUGUCCAGACCGCGUUCCCCAGCUUGGACAUAUCUCCAGUCGAACCAGUUGAGGAGAAGCAGCGGACGGGCGCGAGGUCUUCGAAAGACUCUCCAUCAUCGAUUGAGCGUCGGCGGCGGUAUCUAGGUCGCGUGUCGCUGGCCAUGCUCGUGCUGGCCUUCGGGGUCAACAGCGUAUACAUGGGCCGAGAGUACGACGAGGAAGAGCUCAAGCUACGGAAAAUGAAAGCUGAAGAAGCGCCAGCUACUCGGUGGGGACGAACGACGGAUCGGUUCAAGGAACUUUUCGAUUACUUCAACAAACCCGCAUGGUCGGAACUUCUUCCACCCCAGUUACCACCCCCGCACGGCAAGCCUUAUACCCUAUUAGUCUCCCUCGACGACCUACUCGUCACCUCCACAUGGGAUCGCCAGCAUGGCUGGCGGACUGCAAAACGACCCGGAGUAGAUUAUUUCCUUGCUUAUAUCUCGCAAUUUUAUGAGGUCGUCAUAUUCACUACGCAAUAUCACUAUACUGCUAUGCCCAUCCUCGAAAAACUAGACAAGUAUAACUUCUUUAUCACACAUAAACUAUUCCGCGACGCUACACGGUCGAUAAACGGCAAGAUUGUCAAGGAUUUAUCGUACCUGAAUCGGGAUCUGUCAAAAGUCGUCUUGCUAGACACCCACGAAGACCACAUAUCCACCCACCCCGAAAACUCGAUCCUUCUUCCUAAAUGGACAGGCGACCCCAAGGACAAGGGGCUUGUGUCCAUGAUUCCGUUCCUCGAAUCCCUCGCUAUCUACAAGGCUCCCGAUGUACGGCCAAUCCUUGAGGCAUACCAUGGGAAGGAUGUAUCCAUAGAAUACGCGAAGAAAGAAGCUGAGGCGAAGCAACGGCACAUCGAGGAGUGGUCGAAGAAGUCGAAGGGUGUGUCAAGCUCCUUGACAUUGAGUAGUAUGUUCGGUGGACCGAGUAGUCAGCCCCGAUCGGCGGUGCCCUUGACGUAUCUUGAACAGAAGCGACUAGAGGCGCAGCAGCUCUACAAAGAGGAGCAAGCGUACAUCAUGGCACAUCGGGAGGAGUUUGAUAGGCUUUUGGAGCAGGACCAACAGGCGAUGAACGAAGGGCAACCUAAUAGUUUAUGGGAGAUGUUCGGUCUGAUGACGGGACAAACCAAGCCAGCUGAUCCAGCAGCGGGUAGCCCUCCAGCGUCUCCAGCGCCAUCUUCGGCGACGUCGACGUCCAAGUGA